AUGGCGUAUCAUCCCGAGUUGCCCAUGCUUGCGAUUGGAAGAGAAAACGGAAAUAUCGAGCUUUGGAACACGGAAGAGAAAUGGUUUUGUGAAUCCGUAAUUAGCGGUCACGAAAACUUGUCGAUUCGCUCCCUCGUGUGGACCAACAAGAUAGACAACGAAGAGGAGCCAAUAUACAGAUAUCGCUUGUUUGGAACAGGUCUUCAAGGUCAAAUUUUCGAGCUAAAUCUCCACCAGCUCCGCGUCGAGGUGCAAAGCGAUUCUUACGGUGGCCCCGUAUGGAUGAUGCAGCGCCACCCCCACAACGACACGGCAGUGUGUGCUUGCGAAGAUGGCUCUCUGCGUCUCUUCGAUCUUUCGGGCGAGCGCGUCACCUACCUCCGUUCGAUCCAGAUGUGCUGCGCAUGCGCCGCGCCUCACGCCUAG